AUUGUCGAAGAAAUACAUUUAAAUGCAAAAAAUGUUGCACCCAGAAGGAAGUGUUUGAUUGCAAUGCUUUCGGCAAGGAAGAUCAACGUUACCAGUGAUUUAUCAGCCCGCUGGAGCGAGAUGCACCCAGAGCGCCCCUUUCCGUGCACGCCCGAGUGCGGGGUGAAGGCAACAGACAUGGCCUGCCCCAGGGCCUUUUACACCGGACUGCUCUGGGAGCUUUUCAGGUUCACCUUGCCCAGAGUGCACGCGGCUGAGAGUGCAGAUACUCAGACUAACACCACCCUGCCCAAACAUGUGGGCAGACCGGAGUUUCCUGACACGGGAUGGGACCGCAUUAAAGACCUGAUCCAGCCAGAAACUGGACAGCGGUACUCAGAGGAGCUGAAGAACGUGGUGAAGAGCGGGAUAACAGCAGCUUUGGUGGGAAUGGUUUACGGAGGCUUGCCAGCAGGGCGCCACGCCCGCGAGAGAUACAUCCAGCUCAGCCAGGCGGAGAUCUUCAGGAACAGGGCGGAUGCAGUGCGUUCGGCCCAUAAUGCAGCUAUCCGAGGAUUCGUGAGGUACGGGUGGAGGUGGAGCUGGAGGAUGGCUGCUUUUGUGACUCUUUUUAACUCUGUCAGCACCGGCCUCUCUGUGUACAGAGACGAAAACGCCAUGAGUCACUUCGCUGCAGCGGGAGCUGUGACUGGGGGCGUGUUCCGGAUGAAUCUGGGUCUCAGGGGACUGGUGGCAGGAACCAUUAUUGGAGCUGCUUUGGGUGUGCCAGCUGGAGCGUUGAUUAUCGGCCUACAGAAACUGGGUGGAGAGACAAUGCGAGAGAAAAGACGGCGAGAGCGGAGAGAACUGUACGAGUUGAAGGUGGCUGAAUGGAACGCUCGUUUACAACUUACAGACAGCGUGAUUGAUGAAAUAAGUGGGAAGGACAUGGAUACUGACCUUCAGCGGAUUGAAGAGUUGCUUAACCUGCCUAGAAAUGAAGAUUCAACCAAGUCUUCUGAAGGCCAUUGACAACGAGCCUGACUUCAGUGAUGGACAGUGACGGUGUUAGGCUUUAACACAUUACAGAUUUUAUCACAUGACAUUUGCUUCAUGACUCUUCAUAUGGUGAAAUACACUGUAUGGAUUCACCAUUAACAUCAUUAUUUCAGAUGUCCCAUUUCCACAUAUGUAAAAAAUCAAGCACCUGGCCAUACAGUCUCCUUUACGGACAUUACUAAAAGAAUAUGUUUAUUCCUCCUGGAUGUUUCACAAAACUCACAUAAAGUUACAGAACGGGGUCACCAAGUGCAGAAAGGAACAAAGUGCAGAAAAGUCUUCAACACUCAAUACCUGCAGAGUUCUAAACCCUCUGCAAAAAGGGGACUGACUCCACACUAAAGCCAGUGGAUUUAUAAUGGGAAGUCAUAAAAGCUCUGUCUGUAGUAGUCCCAGUAUUAACCAGCAAUAAACCCCUGCUGGUUUAUUAUGGUCCUCAUGUGUGGAAGGUUUGAUGACUGUGAUCCUACAUGUGUGUUUGAUGGAAAUCUCAAAUAUAAUUUAUUUUAUAUUGUGUCUGAAUGUGUUUUAAGAACAUUGUAACACUACAAAGAUCACAAAAUAAUCAAGAGCUGGGUUAAACACUGUAAGGUGUCAAUAGAUUCGAUUAGUUAAGAAACUGUACAUGUUAAUGGUUUCUCUGCAGAAUAAUCACCUCACCAAAAUUAUUUCAGGUCAUUUUGAAGAGUUUCUAUUGGUCCGUUCAUCAAGAAUUUUUGGCACAGUGUUAGGGACAGUUUGUCUGUUAAAUUGUGUAUUAA